CAGAAACGUCUUUCUGUCAGUUUUUGCGCCUGUCGUGGGACACCCAACCAUCUCUGGUCUACGCCUUGAUGACGACCCACUGGCGUCUUCCCAUACCAAACCUGGUGGUUUCUGUCGUGGGUGGAGAGGGCAGAACGAAGGUGAAGACCUGGGUACGAGAGGUCCUCAGGCAGGGACUUGUGAAAGCAGCACAAAGAGCAGGAGCGUGGAUCUUUACAACAGGACUGCGUGAAGGCGUUGGCAGGUGUGUUGGCGAGGCGGUGAGAGAUCACGCCACUGCAGCCUCCUCUGACUCCCUCAACAAGGUGGUGGCCGUAGGCGUCGCUCCGUGGGGAAUGGUGCACAACAGGGAGCAGCUCGUCAACCCUAAGGUUGUUGUUUUAAGAAGCACAUGAUCUUACCCUAGAGGUUUCUAUGCUCUGCAGGAAGGUGUGAUGGUUACUGAACCUUUUCACCUUCAUUUGUAAAAGGUACUUAUGUUGGCUUGUUGACAAACACAAGAGAGACGAGAGUUACUUUGACUGACUUUUAAUCUGUUUUUAUAUCUUCAAACUCCGUUUUACACCACAAGUACACUGCAGAACUAAUAAAAAACACAGAUGAUGUAAAAAAAUGUCCCUUACUUGUCUCAGCUUGUACGAAAU